AUGGUGUUUGCCCUAGCUUCGCGCGCACUCCGUACCCCCGCCGCUCGUCCGCUUCUUUCGCAGCUGGCUGGUGCACGCCGUGGAUAUGCUGAGGCUGUGAGCGAGCAGCUCAAGCUGAGCUUUGUCCUGCCGCACUCAGCUUUGUACAACAACCAGGAAGUGACGCAAGUCAACAUCCCCGCCGUUUCGGGUGACAUAGGUAUCCUGGCUGCACACGUUCCCACCGUUGAGCAGAUCCGGCCUGGUCUGCUCGAGGUCAUUGAGUCGACGGGCACUAGCAAGAAGUUCUUUGUCUCGAGCGGCUUUGCUGCAAUCCACCCUAACAACCACCUUACGGUGAAUGCCAUUGAGGCCUAUUCGCUGGACCAGUUCUCGCCAGAAGCUGUUCGCCAGGGCUUGUCGGACGCUGAGCGUGUGUUGUCAGGCAACGGCUCAGACGAAGAGAAGGCCGCCGCCGAAAUUGAAGUCGAGGUGUUCACGGCACUUCAGUCGGCUCUGUCGCAGCAGUAG